CACAAUUGCAAAAAGUGAUUUAAAUGUUGUUGCCACGGCCAAACUGACGAUGCGCCGCGUCCGUUGAGCCUCGUGUCCGCACCCGUGAGAUCCGUAAGCCCGAGAUCCGUGCUGUGGGUACCCCGGAAAACCCACAUAGAGCCCCAAGGUCUGACUGUUUUCGGUUCGUUUUUAAUUGGUUUGUAUUGACAAGCAAACAAACAAACAAGCAAACACACAGGCGCAUCGGAUAUACCAACGAGAAUAAGAUAAACAGAAGGUGGAAAAGUAUAUAUAUCCUCUGGCACGAUUUGUUUAAGGAUCAACGCGCCAUGUCGCAGGUGCUCAGCCCACACAAGCAGGGUGUGGUGGAGACAGACGGACUGGACUACACGAACAGCAGCUCGAUCAUGGAGUUUCUGGCCAAGGAGCAGGAUUGUGGCGGGAUACUGACAGACCCGGAUCCUGAGUCCAUUUUCCAAGAGGUGAGUCGCCUGUCCGACAGCACUGACAUGCGAUCCGUCGACGAGCUCUUGCAGGAAGCGGAGCGCCUGAUUCAACAGCAGUUGCGUCUCGGUGGAAUUACCUCGGAAAAGGAGACUACUGGACCAUUGGAACCAGUCAAAACCCAAAGUGAAGAGACUGUCUCCAGGGGCGAUGGCUCUUCCUCGUCCCCGCAAUCCUCUCCGCACAGCAGCAUUCGUCUGAACACACGCUAUACACAUCGCAUUGAGCAUUUGCCUGCCCCCUUGCCCCCAAAAGCUACCGGAAUCAAUGGAAAAAUUCGACCAAGAUCCGGUUCCAAAUCCUCAGCCUCGCCCACAUCCGUACAGACGCCACUGGAGAGCAAUAAUGGUUGUGGCUUUGCCGCCUUUGUGGACAACCUGCCCUCGGAAUCUGUCAUAUCCGAGGAAUCUACGCCGAAAGACAUGGACAUGGAGAUUCAUACGGCGGCAAUGACUCAGCUACAACUUCAGACCCAGGAUAAUACGGAUGACGACGAGGAUACGAUGGAGGAGAUUACUGAGGCAGAGGUUGAUGCUCCUGCUCUAUCAGGCAACAUCGGUAAUUUGGUAAAAAGUCCUUCGGGAAUCCAAUCAAGGGGUCAAUUGUACAGCCAACCCAUUCGGCCGAUGGCUAGCUACAGCGAGAAGGCUGUGGGCAGCUCACCCAAGCAUUUGGUCAGCACGUUGAGCUCACCCAUCGAGCAGAUUGCCUGCAGUGUUUCCCGAGAGCAUGCGCUUAAGUUGGAGAUCGAGCAACUGCAGGAGCGACUUAAGGAUACCGAGGAGCGUUUGGCCUCCGUUCGCCUGCAGAGUGACUCGCUUUCGCAGACGCAACGUGCCCUACGAGAGCACAAUGGCCGCCUGCAGGAAGAGUCAGAAAUGCUUAAACUGGACGUCCAGCAUCUCAAUGAGUGCGCUAAUGUUUUGCGCGCGGAACUGCAGGCGGCACGAAGGGAUCGUAGUGAGGCGGUCCAACUGCAACGUUCCCUGCGCGAGGAACUUGAAGAGGCGCACCAGGAGCGUCGGCGUACCGGCGAGACCAAGGAGAAGGAUAGCCGCGUUAUUCAGGAUCUGCAGCGCCAGUGCCGCGAGAUGGAGCGGAUUCUUAUGCGCAAGCAUCCGGACUCUGUGUCCGCUCUGAUAGUUGCCUCCAAGAGCUCGGGCAUGUGUCCGCUGAACGAUCAGGAGAACUUAAAUAGUCGCAAGCUGCUGGAGCAGCGUAUCGCCCAGUUGGAAUCGGAUGCCAAAGAACAGGAUCGCAAGGCUCAGCAGAUUCUGGCCAAUGUCCAGGCUCGAUUCAACUCGGUGCAGGCCAAAUAUGAGACGCACAUUGCAGAUCUGGAGACACAGGUUCUGAGCCUCCAGGAGAUCAACACAAAGCUGAACGAGCAGAUCGAAUCGCAGGUGCGCACUUUAGAUCGCUACAUGCAAAAGCGGGCGGACAGAUACUACAAUAAUUGCACCCAAACGGAGCCAUUGGAACACGAUGAACCGGUCGGCAAUGGAUUAAACCCGGGAGGAGUAACCGCUGUCAGCUCGAACACGAUGGGCACCCAAACCCAGACGGCGAAUGGAACGCGGGAUCACAGUACCAAUACUAUUGGCUGCCCCUCGCCGGCACUUGUCUGCCAGCAACAGCACCUCCACCACUCACACGGCCACCUUCAUCCACACGCCCCAUCCGCUAGCAGCAGUACCAGUAGCACGGCCAAUUCCACGCCGAACACUUCGCGUCCGAACUCAAAGCAAAGUGGCGGUCAGAGGCGUUCGCCACUAGUCACCGCUGGUCCCUCCAAGCUGCCCAUCUCACAAUCAGACUCCACACUCUCGCUGCUCAGUCAUGGCGGCGGAGGAUCCAAGGAGGAGGCUCAGUUGCUCAGCUCAGUCAGAAGUAUGCGCGUUGAUUUGGCCAUUAAAAAUAAGGCAAUGCAGCGUCUAACAAGGGAGUUGGACGAAUGCAAGAAGACCAUACGGAAGCUGCAACGGGACAGGGAGGGAAGUAACUCCGGCAGCCAGGCAGGUAGUAAACUGGAUCUCAAAUCGCAGGCCAGUGGAGGAUCCUUACAGAGGCGUUCCAGUGGCUAUGAUCAUCACCACCAUAGUGACCAUAUUCCGGCGGCCACCGAAAGUCAGGCUCUGAAGGAGGCCCAAAACAAAUACCGCCUACUGGAGGCCGACUAUAAGACGCUGCACGACAAGCGGCUGCAAGAUUUAAAGACCCUGCAGAGUGCCCAUGAAAGGGAACUGGCCUCCUGCAACGAGACUGUGAGGAUCCUGCAGCAGCGACUAAACGAGCGGGAGGAGGCACUAACCACCCAAAAGCGGCGCAAGGUGCCGGUGGAUUACUAUGCUCUUAAAGCCAAGGUAUCCCUUUUGGAAAGGAGACACUCGGAGCGGGAGGAGCGACUACACAUGCUGGUAGAGGCACUAAGCAAAGGACGACUCAACGGUGCUCUCGAGGAUCUUAUGCAGGAGAAUAACAAUAAGUAAUGGAGUUCUAAAUGAUUAGAAGAUUAUGUAAGCCACAUUGCCAUGUUCAAUGCCAGCCAAUUCGACUAGAGUCCGUCUAAGCAGAAAAAACAUCCAAUGAUAAAUACAAUUUUAGCCAGAACAAAAAGCAGGAGUUGGUUGAAUCAUAGGAUCCCAGGGCUUGCUGCUGCCAGAUUGGAUUGUGGCUCAAAAAAAAAAUUAAAAAACUCUAACUGACGCUCCUGCGAUUUUCUCAAACCAAAUUCAAAUGUGUUCAAAGUGGAAACAAUAAGUAAUAUCGACAAGUGAUCAGUUAGCCAACAACUUAUAUAUAGGUUUAAGAACUUUCCCAACAACAAGCCGCAAACCAAUCUGGUACUCCAGGCUAACCAAAUUCGGGGUCCUUUGAUCACCAAGGAUAUUUAAAGAUGCAGAAAGAAAAUUCAUGUUAUCGUAGGUCUUAGAGCAGAAAGUAUUUUAAAUAUCAAUGUUUCGAUGUAGAAAUUGAAUGUUUCGAAAAAAAAGAGUUCACACAACUUAGAGAGGGAUAGUUAAAACGGUGUGAAAGAGAGCGAGACACUUGCAAGCGUCUUAAAAAUGAAAGAGACAUACAUAGUUCGGGAAAAGAAAGUUGUACUAGGAAUAAGUAUUUUAUGUAUAUAGAAUAUCGAAGUACAGAAUUGGAAGCGA